AUGGGUGAUGAUAUCGGUGAACACACAGAGCGGCUUUGUCUCGCGAUCGUAUCAAAUGAUCUACGUGCCGUUCAGGAAUGUCUCAACCAGGAAAGAACAGACGUCAAUCGGCGCCACUGCACCAAGCGGACCCCGCUACAGAUAGCUUGUGUGGACUCUUCUCCGGAGAUAGUCCAGCUACUCAUUGACCACGGAGCGCGAAUCGCAGCCCGAACGCCAGAAGGUGAUACCUCGUUGCACUUGGCAGCCGCGCGCGGGAGCAUUGAAAUAAUCCGAAUUCUUUGCGCCAAAAGUGAUAGAAAUCGAAAUAUUGCGCAAGAAAAUGGAUUAUAUGUAUCCGAGCCACUGAAGUCGAUUAAAACUACAGAGGCAGUGGACCAGGGUGACUCCAACCCCCCGGCAGCCAGCGCCCCCGUUUCUCUAGUCAAUGUCAAGUUGAGGGAUGCAAAUAAUCUGGCACCAACAGGAGAUUAUCUAGAUGAGGAUGAGUCGGGUAUCGAUAUCUUGGAUCCCGACAGUGUGUCUUGGGAGAUAUUCUGCUCUCCUUUGCAUCUUGCAAUCUUACACGGGCAUGUUGAUUCUGUGAAGGAGCUGGUGUCCUUUGGUGCCAACGUUAAGAAACCAAUUACGAUAUACGAGAAGAAGCAUUUUUUUCUCGAAAACCCCAAAGCGCAUGAAAUGGCAAAGACUUUACUUCAACUAGGUGCACCGAUCGCCGAGGCAGAUUUGAAUUACACCACGCCAUUGCAUUAUGUCGCCGCCAUGAAAGAUACCAUCCCGUUGGAGAUCUUUUUUCAGGCCGACCGAGAGCAGACUCUGCGGACCAUGGAUCAUUUGUCGCUUGGAAAUCGCAUGAGUGGAUUUGGACUGUAUUCACCGCUAUCAACAGCUAUUCGUGCAGGAAACCUAAAACCUGCCUUGGAGUUGCUUGACGCUGGUGCAAAGCCUAUUAUUGAAUUCGAUGAUUACGUCUCUACUAUCAAAUCGGCAUACCCGGGUAAUUCGUCACGCAACAUCUACAUGGAUUUCCAAUCAACCACACAGCCUAUCAUGGCUGCGCUGCAUAAGGAUUACCCUGCCAUGGUUUUCAAUAUGUUGAGAAAAGGGGCCGAUCCGAGUGAUCACAGACACUGGGGACCGCACGUGGGAGAAUCUGUUCUGGACAUCACACGGCGGAAGAUCAGAGAGAUGCAGGAAUAUCUAUCUGAGUCGCAGAUUCCAGUCGAAUCUGAACCACCCGCUUUACUUCAGAGUCAAGAUCACGAGUACCUAAGUGAUUUACCAGAUGGUUCCUAUGCUGCCUGGGCCACCAAACUGGUAUUGAGAAGGGCAAGACAGCACUUUCAAGAGUUUCACGACAACUCCAAAACCAAAGACAAAGAAAAUCCCGAACCAGAAGGGACAUCUGAGAAACGCCAAGAGAUCCAGGCCAGAUACACCCCCCCCACACAAGGAACCGGGAAAAUCCAACAGUCUGCCGCCACAGAACAACAAAAGCCCUACGAACCAAUACUUUUCAUCGAUGGCGAUCAAUCCAAAAAAGAUGGUUAUAUUAGUUUAUUCGAGGCGGCCUGGAAAGGCGACAUAGACACGAUCAGAAAUCUGACACUUCAAUGGCAAAGUGAGGCUGAAAAGAUACCCCCUCUGAGUUUAGGCGAAAGUGACUGUCUCGGAUUCACACCCUUGCAAAUAGCCAUAUUGCGUGGUCAUUGGGGUAUUACGGAUGAAAUGAUUGAUAUCCUUCAUGCUCAGCACAAGCCCCACAGGCCACAGUAUUGGGAUUGCGGAGACGAGGAUGAUGAGCAAGAGCCACCGCCGUCAGAUGAAGAUUUAAUUUCGUCUGACGAUAGUGAAUUUGAAUUCGACUCUGAGUCGGGGGAGAUGGUUGCUAAGCCACCAAAAUCAGAUCCCGUGAAAUACGUGAAACUACGUUCUUCGCCUCUGACGGUAGCUAUUCUUUCAUCGUGUCCCGCCACUUUAUUCACUGCUCGAUCCCAAGAGAAAGACAAAUUUCGAGUUUGGAGCCAGCCGGAUGGCGUGCAAAUCAUCAUUACUGAUUUUCCCCUUCCCGAAUCUGGCAAAUCUAUCCUCGACCAUGCAGUAUUGGAAAACAAUGUUGAACUUCUGCGAUUUUUGUUAAAUAUGACAAAGAAGAUCGUUAAAAGGGAUCAUCGCCGCCGGAGGCUGGAUUCGGUUCUGUAUCCCUCACUUCUUUUAGCCUUGAAGUUUGGACGAAUUGACUGUGCCAAAAUUCUUAUUCAGGAAUCUGGGGUUGGUCUGUUCGAGCAGGAAAAUCCAUGGAUCGAAGAAGAGUUCUGCCUUGACCGGCAACCAAAAAAUUAUCACAAGUCGCCACUCCUAACCGCUGCCAUGGAAGGAAAUCUCGAAGCUACACGUUGGAUGAUAGGCCCGGAAGCGGUUGAGUCUUUUGUCCAGUUUAUCAAGGCCCACGAAGAAGAUGACCGAGUGCAAAAAUUCGUGGGCUCUGAGGGCAAUAUUGAAAAAUCUGUAUUCGAUUUUCUACAUCACUUUGAUCACCUGGUCAUUCACUGCGCGAUCAAUUCAGAGCCUUGCGAGGAAUCCGAACGACUGAUUCGAUACUUAAUCAGCCAGUACCCCGAAUAUAUAGAAAGGACGACCGAGGAGGGCUAUACACCUUUGAGUCUUGCCUUCUCAUUCCGUCGGCCUCAAUAUGCUCGCAUUCUUAUAGAUGCCGGAGCAAAGCAAACGGUCAAAGACCAUGCUGGGAAUAAUUUGCUUCAUCUUGCUCUUGUUUGCCCUCAGUGGAGCAUGAACGAAGCAAUUGUUUGCCGAAGUGCUGAUCUACUAAAUGAAAUGAUCGAGAUGCUCGAUCCGAACCUUGUUCCUGCCAUGAUUCUGGAGCAAAACAAAGCACAAUGCCAUACGCCACUCAUGCUGUGGAUCGACAGUAGCAGAGAUUCUCAUUCUCAAAAUCCCAUACCACCUACAUUCACCCGUUGGUUGAACCCAGAUUGUGAUGACAAACUUGAAAUCGCCGAAAUUCUCCUUCGGUGUGAUACGUCGGUGAAAAUGGACCUUUUAGAACUUUCUGAUGAUAAAGGCAACCUUCCAAUUCAUGCUACCAUCAGCAAACACUUUACUGGACUUGUGAAACUGAUAUUGGAAUAUCGGCCAGAUCUACUGUGCUGGGAGAAUUCCUUCGGAAAGACGGCGGUCGAUCUUGCCAUUGAGGAAUGGGCUUCUCUACUCUUUAAAAAGGGUGGAGAAGCCAGCCCUUUGGAGAUAACUGCUUGGAUCGAUAGGAAUGAAAGUCUGGUCAAACGAGAUCCCAGCUCCUUCGCCCCCUCUGGAAGUCCUGUUACCUUCUCACCAAUCAAGUCCCACCAUCGCAGUAUUCUUGACAUUUGCCGUGAGCGCUUAGAUCAAACAAAGGGCGAACGGAAAAUCUUUACCCAGCAAACUGCAACUCGGCUUUUGAUCAUGAAAGCUGGCAAACCUCCUUACUGGCAUACCGGUAGACAAUGGCUUUUCUAUAGAGACAAUCGUACUUAA